AUGGUUUUUCAUUAUACAAAUUUUGUUGUUGAAACUAAUGUAUGGUGGCUAAGAAGAUUUAGACCUUUAUAUUUAGCUGCUGGAGCAAUUUACGGAUAUUGGCUUUUUGAUAGAUAUUACUUUUUUGGUAAAAAUGCAACAAAAGAUAUUAGAAAAGAUUCAGAUUAAGUUUGGGAAUAAAGAGCUUAAAUAAAUAAAAGAAAUUGGGGUUACGGUGCAACUUAUAAACCUACUUUAGAACGAUCAAUGAAAAAAGUUCUUUAUGCUGAUCCUAAUUAUAAAUAUGCUGAAGAAUGGCCUGAAAGAUAUAUGGGAGAAACUAGAACUUUAGAAGAAAUAAUGGAAGAAGAAGAAAAUUGGGAAUAUUAUAAAUGA